AUGGGUCUUAACUUGGAGGAAAUCUAUGGCAAAGAUCUAAGUGAAGAACAGGCUCCCCAGGAGUAUUCGGAGUACCAGCCCAAGAAAGGUUAUGGCUGGGCCAACACACUGCCCGAGCGGCAGGGUCUCUAUGACCCCGAAUAUGAAAAGGAUGCCUGUGGUGUGGGAUUCGCAGCUCACAUCAAGGGUAAGCCGAGCCAUAAGAUUGUGAGCGAUGCCCGCAACCUGCUGUGUAACAUGACCCACCGUGGAGCCGUUGGUUCGGACGCACGAGACGGUGACGGUGCCGGUGUGAUGACCAGUAUCCCACACAAGUUCUUCAUUAAGAAUUUUGCUCGUGAGGUAGGUGUAGACCUCCCUCCGCUGGGCCAAUAUGCUGUCGGCAACUUGUUCUUCAAGCCCGACGAGGAGGCCCUGAAGAAAUCGAUCGCCAGCUUCGAGGACUUGGCAACCUCGCUCGACCUGCGCGUCCUGGGAUGGCGUGAGGUGCCCCGUGACUCGACAAUUUUAGGUCCAGCCGCACUUUCGCGCGAGCCCAUUAUCAUGCAGCCGUUUGUAGUUUUCAAACCCGCCUACGGCGAGGGCAACAAGCCCGAGAUCACUGAUACAGACAAGUUCGACGCACGGACCUUUGAGCUUCAAUUGUACAUUCUGCGGAAGCGCGCCACUCACGUUAUUGGGAUGGGCAACUGGUUCUACUUGUGCUCUCUCAGCAAUCGGAAUAUUGUUUACAAGGGCCAGCUUUCCCCUGUACAGGUCUACCAAUACUAUCACGAUCUCGUCAAUGUCGAUUACGAGGGCCAUUUUGCCCUAGUCCACUCCCGUUUCUCAACUAACACAUUCCCCUCCUGGGAUCGUGCUCAGCCCUUGCGAUGGGCCGCUCACAAUGGUGAAAUCAACACAUUGCGCGGAAACAAAAACUGGAUGCGUGCCCGCGAGGGAGUCCUUCGAUCAGACGUCUUUGGUGACGAGUUGGACCAGCUGUACCCCAUUGUUGAAGAAGGUGGCUCGGACUCGGCAGCUUUUGAUAAUGUUCUGGAAUUGCUCAUGAUUAACGGCGUACUGUCUCUCCCUGAGGCUGUUAUGAUUAUGAUUCCCGAAGCUUGGCAGGACAACCCAGCAAUGGACCCGGCCAAGUCCGCCUUUUACGAGUGGGCGGCUUGCCAGAUGGAGCCUUGGGAUGGUCCGGCUCUGUUUACUUUCUCCGACGGUCGUUACUGUGGUGCUAACCUUGACCGUAAUGGUCUGCGUCCGUGUCGUUUCUAUGUUAUGGAUGAUGAUCGUAUCGUUUGCGCCUCUGAAGUCGGUGCUAUCGAUAUCGACCCUGAACGUGUGGUUCAAAAGGGCCGUCUGCAGCCUGGAAAGAUGUUGCUGGUAGAUACCGUGGCUGGGCGCAUCAUCGAUGACUCGGAAUUGAAGCAGACUGUUGCCCGACGUCACGAUUUUGCCGGCUGGUUAGACAAGCAGCUCUUGAAGUUGCCUGCUAUCAACCAGCUACUUCUGGAUCAGAAGGUGGACCUUUCUACCAGCCUUGACGACAACACCGUGCAGAAUGACCCUCGUCUCCGCGCCUUUGGGUAUUCCUUUGAGCAGGUAAGCCUGAUUCUUGGUCCCAUGGGUGCGGAUUCCAAGGAAGCCCUGGGCUCCAUGGGUAACGAUGCACCCUUGGCUUGCAUUGCCCAGCAGCCUCGUCUGCUCUACGAAUACUUCCGCCAGCUGUUCGCUCAGGUCACUAACCCGCCUAUUGAUCCCAUCCGGGAGGCUGUGGUCAUGUCCCUUGACUGUUACGUUGGUCCACAGGGUAACCUGCUGGAGAUGGACCCUACGCAGUGUCACCGAUUGCUGCUGCCGUCUCCUAUUCUGAGUAAUUCCGAGUUCAACGCCCUCAAGAACAUUAACCUCGCCCACAGUGAUUGGACUGUGCAUACUAUCGAUAUCACCUUUGAGAAGAAGAAGGGUACUGCUGGCUAUCUCGAGGCACUGGAUGCUAUUUGUGAUGCCACCACUGAAGCCAUUCAGAAUGGCGACAAGGUCAUCAUUCUGUCUGACCGUGCUACCAGCGCUGACCGUGUUCCCGUUUCUACAUUGUUGGCUACCGGCCUGGUUCACCAUCACCUUGUUCGCAACAAGUGGCGUUCGCUCGCUGCUUUAGCAGUUGAGACUGCUGAGGCCCGUGAAGUUCAUCACCACUGUGUCCUUCUUGGAUAUGGUGCCGAUGCCAUCAACCCCUACCUCGCCAUGGAGUGUCUCCUCAAGAUGAACCGGGAGAAGCUUAUUCGGAAGGAUCUCCCCGAUGAGAAGGUCAUUGAGAAUUACAAGGCCUCCUGUGAUGGUGGUAUUCUCAAGGUCAUGAGUAAGAUGGGUAUCUCUACUCUCCAAUCCUACAAGGGUGCCCAGAUCUUCGAGGCACUCGGUAUUGACGACAGUGUUAUCGACCGCUGCUUUGCUGGUACGGCCAGUCGUAUUCGUGGUAUUACCUUCGAUUUGAUCGCCCAGGAUGCCUUCGCUUUCCACGAGCGUGGAUACUCCUCGCGUGACAUCGUCGAGAUCCCCGGUCUCCCCGAGUCUGGCGAGUACCACUGGCGUGAUGGUGGUGAGGCCCACGUGAACGACCCCGUCAGCAUUGCCAAUAUGCAGGAUGCUGUUCGAAACAAGAACGACAAAUCUUACGAGGCUUAUGCCAAGGCAGAACAUGAGCAGAUCAAGAACUGUACUCUGCGUGGUAUGCUUGACUUUGACUUUGAGCAGAGGACUCCCAUCCCCAUUGACCAAGUCGAACCUUGGACUGAGAUUGUCCGCCGCUUUGUAACGGGCGCUAUGUCUUACGGAUCCAUUUCUAUGGAAGCCCACUCCACCAUCGCUAUUGCUAUGAACCGUCUGGGAGGCAAGUCUAACACAGGUGAAGGUGGUGAAGAUGCCGAACGCAGCGACCGUAUGGAGAACGGUGACACCAUGCGAUCUGCUAUCAAACAGAUUGCCUCCGGUCGAUUCGGUGUGACUGCGAACUACCUCGCCGACGCUGAUGAGCUGCAGAUCAAGAUGGCUCAGGGUGCUAAGCCUGGCGAGGGUGGUGAGCUGCCUGGUCACAAGGUCCUCGGUCCUAUUGCUCGUACUCGUCACUCGACUCCUGGAGUCGGCCUGAUUUCCCCUCCCCCUCACCACGACAUCUACUCUAUCGAGGAUCUGAAGCAGCUUAUCUACGAUCUUAAGUGCUCUAACCCGCGUGCUCGUGUUUCCGUCAAGCUGGUGUCCGAAGUCGGCGUCGGUAUCGUCGCUUCUGGUGUCGCCAAAGCCAAGGCUGAUCAUAUUUUGAUUUCUGGUCACGACGGUGGUACCGGUGCCUCGCGUUGGACCGGUAUCAAGUAUGCCGGUCUUCCUUGGGAGUUGGGUCUUGCCGAAACUCACCAGACUCUUGUUCUUAAUGACCUCCGUGGUCGGGUCGUUGUCCAAACCGACGGUCAAAUUCGCACUGGACGUGAUCUUGCCAUUGCCUGUCUGCUUGGUGCUGAAGAAUAUGGCUUUGCAACCACUCCCUUGAUCGCUAUGGGCUGUGUGUUCAUGCGAAAAUGCCAUCUCAAUACUUGCCCAGUUGGUAUUGCCACGCAGGACCCUGAGCUCCGCAAAAAGUUCAAGGGUACCCCCGAAAAUGUCAUUAACUUCUUUUUCUACGUUGCCAACGAGAUGCGUGCUAUCAUGGCCAAGCUUGGUGUUCGUACCAUUAACGAAAUGGUUGGUCGUGCCGAAUUGCUCAAGGUCCGGGAUGACAUCCGCAACCAGAAGCAGGAGCGUGUGGAUCUUUCGCUUAUCUUGACUCCUGCUCACUCACUGCGUCCUGGUGUUGCUACUUACAAUGUCCGAAAGCAAGACCACCGCCUCCACACUCGUCUCGAUAACAAACUGAUUGCCGAGUCUGAGCUUGCCCUGGAGAAGGGUCUUCCUUGCCGGAUUGAGUGCGACGUAGUCAACACUGAUCGUUCUCUUGGUUCCACCUUGUCGUACCAGAUUAGCCGACGCUACGGCGAGGCUGGUCUUCCCCAAGACACCAUCCAUGCUAACAUCAAGGGAUCUGCAGGUCAGUCUUUCGGUGCCUUCCUUGCCCCUGGUGUUACUCUGGAGCUUGAGGGUGAUGCCAACGACUACGUUGGCAAGGGUCUGUCUGGUGGUCGUCUCAUUGUGUACCCUCCUCGCGGUGCCGCUUUCAAGGCCGAAGAGAAUGUUAUCGUUGGUAAUACCUGCCUGUACGGUGCUACUGGCGGUACUUGCUACUUCCGUGGUGUUGCUGCUGAGCGUUUCGCUGUCCGUAACUCAGGUGCUACCGCCGUGGUCGAAGGUGCUGGUGACCACGCUUGCGAGUACAUGACUGGCGGCCGCGUUUUGAUUCUUGGUUCGACUGGUCGUAACUUUGCCGCUGGUAUGUCUGGUGGUAUUGCUUACGUUCUAGAUAUGAACCAGGACUUCCACUCCAAGGUCAACAUGGAAAUGGUUGAGGUUUCUGGUAUCGAAGAGCCCUCCGAGAUCGCCUUCGUCCGUGGUUUGAUCGAAGAUCAUCACCACUACACUGGAUCCGAGCUUGCAGCUCGUAUUCUCCUUGACUUCACCCGUGCUCUUCCUCACUUUGUCAAGAUCCUCCCUAUCGAUUAUAAGCGCGUUAUGCUGGAAGAGGCUGCCAAGGCUGCGGCCGCAAAGAAGGCCGAGUUCGCCCUUCCUCAACUUCCCAGCACGCCUGUGCAUAGUGAGAAGGUCAAGGCCAAGACUGAUGAGAAGAAGGCCGACAUGCUUGACAUUGAAGAUAGCAUCGGCGACUCUAAGACCGAGAAGAAGCGUUCUGCGUUGAUCUUAGACAAGACUCGCGGCUUCAUGAAGUACAGCCGCCGCAGCGAGAAGUACCGUAACCCCACCACUCGUACUCGGGAUUGGGCUGAACUAUCCAAUCGCUUGAGUGAGGAUGAGCUCAAGUACCAGUCCGCUCGCUGUAUGGACUGCGGUGUUCCGUUCUGUCAGUCAGAUACCGGUUGCCCAAUCUCCAACAUCAUUCCCAAGUGGAACGAGUUGGUCUUCCAGAACCAGUGGCAAGAUGCUCUUAACCGCUUGCUCAUGACCAACAAUUUCCCCGAGUUUACUGGUCGUGUCUGCCCCGCUCCUUGCGAGGGUGCCUGUGUUUUGGGAAUUAAUGAAGACCCUGUCGGUAUCAAGUCGAUUGAGUGCGCCAUCAUUGAUCGCGGUUUCGAGAUGGGUUGGAUGGUUCCUCGUCCGCCCCAGAAGCGUACUGGCAAGACCAUUUCCAUUAUCGGAUCUGGCCCCGCCGGCUUGGCUGCCGCUGAUCAGCUUAACCGUGCUGGUCACUCAGUUACCGUUUAUGAGCGGGCUGACCGCAUGGGUGGUCUCCUCAUGUACGGCAUUCCCAACAUGAAGCUUGACAAGAAGGUUGUUCAACGCCGUGUGGAUCUCAUGGCUGCCGAGGGAAUCAAGUUCGUGGCUGGUACCGCUGUUGGUCCCGAUUGCGACGUUACUCUUCAGUCUCUUCGCGCUACCAACGACGCUGUCAUCAUCGCAACUGGUGCUACAGUUGCCCGUGACCUCAAAGUUUCUGGGCGUGAACUGGAGGGUGUGCACUUUGCCAUGCAGUUCUUGCACAAGAACACCAAGUCCCUUCUGGACUCUGGCCUUGCCGACGGCGAGUACAUUUCUGCCAAGGACAAGCACGUCGUCGUUAUUGGUGGCGGUGAUACUGGUAAUGACUGCAUUGGUACCUCGGUCCGUCACGGUGCCAAGUCUGUCACCAACUUCGAGCUCUUGCCUCAGCCCCCACCAGAGCGUGCCAAUGAUAACCCCUGGCCUCAGUGGCCCCGUAUCUACCGUGUUGACUAUGGUCACUCGGAGGUUAAGACCCACAUGGGCAAGGAUCCCCGCGAGUACUGUGUCAUGUCCACAGAGUUUGUUGACGAUGGCAACGGUCGCGUCCGGGGUAUCAACACCGUGCGUGUGGAGUGGACUAAGAGUGCCACUGGUGGUUGGGAUAUGAAGACUGUGGAGGGUAGCGAGCAAUUCUUCCCUGCCGACCUGGUUCUUCUGUCUAUGGGUUUCUUGGGACCCGAAGACCGUCUCCUUGGUGACGAUAUCACUCGUGACCAGCGCAAGAACGUCAAGACUCCCCCUGGCCACUACUCUACCAAUCUUCCAGGUGUAUACGCCGCCGGUGAUUGCCGCCGUGGACAGUCUUUGAUUGUCUGGGGUAUCAACGAGGGUCGCCAGUGUGCCCGCGAAGUUGACGCUUUCUUGACCGGAGUCAGCUCCCACCUCCCUGUCACCGGUGGUAUUGUCCGUCGGCCUGCUAUUGACUCUGUUCCCCAGCUGGUGGAGACCGAGGUCGUUGCUUAA